UGGAGACACGGUUCCUGUUUCUAAUGUAACACGGUUCCUGUUUCUAAUGUAACACGGUUCCUGUUUCUAUGGUGACACGGUUCCUGUUUCUCCAGUCACCUGUUGAUCACGGCGACCCACAUGUACUGUCUGAGGGAGAUCGCGUCCAGGAAGGGUUUCGCCUACAUCCAGUCCAGACAGGCCCUCAACAGCGUAGUCAAGAUCACCUCCAAGAAAAAACACCCAGAACUCAUCACCUUCAAGUUCGGCAACAGCAACACUGCUGGAAUAGAGAUCUCUGCUGUGGAGAGGUAUCUGAUCCCCAACGCCGGUGACGCCACCAAGGCCAUUAAACAGCAGAUCAUGAAGGUUCUGGAUGCCCUGGAGAGUUCCUAGAGACAGACGGGGAUACAUGAGAGACGUCUGUCAGCUGAGGGCCGGGAGGGGAGACGUCUGUCAGCUGAGGGCCGGGAGGGGAGACGUCUGUCAGCUGAGGGCCGGGAGGGGAGACGUCUGUCAGCUGAGGGCCGGGAGAGGAGACGUCUGUCAGCUGAGGGCCGGGAGGGGAGACGUCUGUCAGCUGAGGGCCGGGAGGGGAGACGUCUGUCAGCUGAGGGCCGGGAGGGGAGACGUCUGUCAGCUGAGGGCCGGGAGGGGAGACGUCUGUCAGCUGAGGGCCGGGUGCUCUCUAUUGAUAUCUCUCUCCCUUUCUCUCUGUCCUCCUCCUCUUCCCAGCCAGGACCAGGACAGAUCCUGUGUUGACUGACUGUUAACCCCUCCCUGUCUGUCGGGCUGAGGGUGUCGUCUCCCUCCCUGGUUGCUGAGGACCUGAGAGAAUGAUUGACUGACUGGAUGAGUCCCAAACAGCACCCUAUUCAAUAUAUAGUCCUAUCGGGCUUGGUCGAAAGUAGUGCACUAUAUAGGGAAUAGGGCUCUGGUCUAAAGUAGUGCACUAUAUAGGGAAUAGGGCUCUGGUCUAAAGUAGUGCACUAUAUAGGGAAUAGGGCUCUGGUCUAUAGUAGUGCACUAUAUAGGGAAUAGGGUUCCAUCUGGGACGCAUCCUGUGACUGAUGCUCCCUAUUCACCACCCUGGUCUCCUCAUCCUGUCUGACAUACAUGGGUUACACCCUCCAUUACCCUGGUCUCCUCAUCCUGUCUGACAUACAUGGGUUACACCCUCCAUUACCCUGGUCUCCUCAUCCUGUCUGACAUACAUGGGUUACACCCUCCAUUACCCUGGUCUCCUCAUCCUGUCUGACACCCUCCAUUACCCUGGUCUCCUCAUCCUGUCUGACACCCUCCAUUACCCUGGUCUCCUCAUCCUGUCUGACACCCUCCAUUACCCUGGUCUCCUCAUCCUGUCUGACACCCUCCAUUACCCUGGUCUCCUCAUCCUGUCUGACACCCUCCAUAACCCUGGUCUCCUCAUCCUGUCUGACACCCUCCAUUACCCUGGUCUCCUCAUCCUGUCUGACACCCUCCAUUACCCUGGUCUCCUCAUCCUGUCUGACACCCUCCAUUACCCUGGUCUCCUCAUCCUGUCUGACACCCUCCAUUACCCUGGUCUCCUCAUCCUGUCUGACACCCUCCAUUACCCUGGUCUCCUCAUCCUGUCUGACACCCUCCAUUACCCUGGUCUCCUCAUCCUGUCUGACAUACAUGGGUUACACCCUCCAUUACCCUGGUCUCCUCAUCCUGUCUGACAUGCAUGGGUUACACCCUCUAUUACCCUGGUCUCCUCAUCCUGUCUGACAUACAUGGGUUACACCCUCCAUUACCCUGGUCUCCUCAUCCUGUCUGACAUACAUGGGUUACCCCCUCCAUUACCCUGGUCUCCUCAUCCUGUCUGACAUACAUGGGUUACACCCUCCAUUAUCCUGGUCUCCUCAUCCUGUCUGACAUACAUGGGUUACACCCUCCAUUACCCUGGUCUUCUCAUCCUGUCUGACAAACAUGGGUUACACCCUCCAUUACCCUGGUCUCAUCCUGUCUGACAAACAUGGGUUACCCCCUCCAUUACCCUGGUCUCCUCAUCCUGUCUGACAAACAUGGGUUACACCCUCCAUUACCCUGGUCUCCUCAUCCUGUCUGACAAACAUGGGUUACACCCUCCAUUACCCUGGUCUCCUCAUCCUGUCUGACAAACAUGGGUUACACCCUCCAUUACCCUGGUCUUCUCAUCCUGUCUGACAAACAUGGGUUACACCCUCCAUUACCCUGGUCUCAUCCUGUCUGACAAACAUGGGUUACCCCCUCCAUUACCCUGGUCUCCUCAUCCUGUCUGACAAACAUGGGUUACACCCUCCAUUACCCUGGUCUCCUCAUCCUGUCUGACAAACAUGGGUUACCCCCUCCAUUACCCUGGUCUCCUCAUCCUGUCUGACAAACAUGGGUUACACCCUCCAUUACCCUGGUCUCCUCAUCCUGUCUGACAAACAUGGGUUACACCCUCCAUUACCCUGGUCUCCUCAUCCUGUCUGACAAACAUGGGUUACACCCUCCAUUACCCUGGUCUCCUCAUCCUGUCUGACAAACAGUGCAUUCGGAAACUAUUCAGACCCCUUGACGUUUUCCAUAUUUUGUUAAGUUACAGAAUUACUCUAAAAUGUAUUAUUUUUUCCCCUCAUCA